AUUUUGAUUAGUUAUCUCUUGUUAGCAAUCUUUUAGGAGAUUUAGAAAAAUAGAAUCUUUGAGUGACAAAUUUUUUAUCAGCUAAUGUCUCAUUCGCUGUCAUUCUUAAUAAGUAAGGUUAUGCAUGUAUGUGUCUCAGAAAGGACAUUUUAAUUUUAAAAAAUGAGUCAGUCUAACUUAGCAUCGACCAAGUGAAGCGAUUCCGAAAAAAGAAAUGAAGAAACUAACUGGAUCAUUUCGGUACACUCAGUGGGACCCGUGGUUGGUCAUUUCUCAAAUUUUAUGUGUUCAGUGUCUGCUUUAUCUUAGUUUAGGACUAAUACUUGCUUUGCUAGGGACUCUAGUAGGAGAUUCUCGAACUCUUGAUCAUAUCUUUGAGUACCACGAAAUUCAGGUACGAGAUGCGGGAGGUAGAGUUGUCAUAACAGCCUUUGUCAUUAAUGCGUUAGUAGGGGCUGUUGUUUUGUGGUACAUUGUUGAACGUACCAAACAGUGCAUGGAUUUCAGCUGCACCUGGCAUCUUAUACAUCUGGUAACCUGCUGGUUCUAUAAUAGCCAGUUCCCAGUCACAUUUUCUUGGUGGAUGUUGAAUGUGGCAUGCGCUACGAUAAUGUGUGUUUGCGCCGAGUUCUUGUGCCUACGGACAGAACUUGCAGCUAUCCCUCUCUCAUUGGGUCCUAAAACAGACCUUUAGUGCUGCUUAACCACAAUUUUGGUUGUUCUUAUUCUUAGUUGUGCGAAACAACUUGAAAGUGUUUUCCGAAUGAGUCUGUGAUAGAAUUCAUAUUGUUUUUUGCCAGAAUGGCAACAAAAUAAAUAACAAUUUGAACACUGCUGGUUGUAUUUGCGAGAAUUUUAUUUAUCAAUUUGUAGUUUUGUUAAUUCUAGAAAUCUAUGUAAUUUAAUAAAAAAGUAAUUGAAUAAGUUAUUAAACCAUAGAAUAUAUUUUAUUUUAGUUUGCAAAGCUCCAAACAAAACUCGAGUAGAAGAUGGGAGUAGAUAAGAGUAUUGUGCUUUGCAAUUUAAAAUAUACAUUGUUAAUUCAACUAGGUUGCACUUUUGAAAUUUUUAAUUGAUCCUAACCUCCAUCCUUAUUGAAAGAAGAAGACUUUAUGGUUAGGUUUUAAGUUUGACGCAAAAAUUUAAAAAUAAAGAAGUAAAGAUACAGCAAGGGCAAAAAUGGAUGAUAAGGAGCAAGAAAAAAUCUCUGAUUAUGAAAAGGACCUAGGCGAACACGCCCUUGCUGAGUUUAAAAA